AUGUCGCAGCCCCCAAGGCUGAGCCUUUUUUGUGCCGUGUUGGCUGGGGUUAUCCUUGGCGCCUCGGCUCGAAACGGGAGGAGUAAAACAACAGGUCAUUCUCGACCAGAAGUGACGAGUGACGGCCCUGUCAAAUGGACCAGCUGCUCAGAUACGCCCUUCACCGUCCAGUAUCAGGCCCCCACAUCCCCAGACGCCAUCCCCACCCUCACCGUCACCCCAUCCAUGUCCAUCGAUAUUCGCGAGGGCGAGACCAUGCCUCAGGACCCCAUCAUGUUUGCUCUCAUGGUAACGGGCAAGGACAAGGCACACGAGUAUCUGGCGCGCAAGUCCAUGGCCUCGUUUGCGGCGCAGACGAUGCGGCACAAGGCGAUGGUGGUGAUCAACGACUCACCCGACUACAGCUUGGUGGGGCCGCCCUCUGACUGGCUGGCGGCGACGCUUCCAAACAUGCCGGAGAGCGAGGUAUCUGCGGCGUGUGUUGUGGAGAUUCGAGUGGAGCCACGGAAGUUUACGCUGGGGGAGCUACGGAACAUUGGGAUCAACGCGGUACCGGUGCAGGGGACCUGGGUCCAAUGGGACGACGAUGACUGGCACGAGCGACAGUAUAUGCGGAUCAAGUACGACAUGAUGCGCCUACACGGGGCGGGUGCCAUCACGUUGUCGCGCCAGUAUCGGCUGUUCUUGAACAUGAACAGCAGUCUGGUGUAUACGGCACCCAAGGGCAGCAAGUACGGGAUUGAAGGAACAAUCAUGGUGCACAAGACGGCGGCGGUGGCGCCGAUCCAGUAUCCAGCACUAAGCAAGGCGGAGGACACAAAGUACAUUUUGGACUUGAUGGCGAUCCAGACUUCGCUGCAUCCAUGGAAGGAGAAUCCGCCAUGGCUCUACUUUCGCUUGUAUCAUGGCAUCAACACUUGGGAUGCGAAGCACUAUCAUAUCGACAACCUUGUCGGAGCGAACAGAUGGUGCAACUCGAAAAGUAGCUUCAACUGUCCACAGGAAUUUGAUAACGCUUUACAUCACUCAGUGACGGCUCUGUACAAAGAUAUGUUUUCAGUCAUUCAGGCUAGUGGUGUGUUACAGGAAGUUCCGUAGCUUCCUCCAUCUCCACCUUGAAUAUGUGCCAGGUUCGACUGUUGCGUUAAUUUGAAUAAACACAAGCCAACAAUUGAGUGCAUGGGU